AUGCUUAAAGCCAAGUCAUCAGCAAUUCUUCGAGGUGUGAAGUCUUCUUUUCAAAAGACUGUUUCCUGGAAAAGGAGACAUAUGACCGUGACAACUGGCAGUUUUGCUCACUUUAUCAACAAUGGAAAUCCAUCACAUAUGAAAAGGAUCAACAACCGGAUGAAGAGUUCCGAUUCGCUUCAAGCUUUCAUUCAUUCAUUCAUAUCAACGACUUAUUCAUCAUUUGUUGCAUCUUCCACCUCGUCAUCAUUAAAUCGCACAGAAAAAUCUUUUUCGAAACAACAACAACAUGAUGAAAACAAUGACCAAAAACAACACGAACAACAGGAUGAAGAAUGGAAAGAUUUUAGAUUAUUCAAUGUUAGAAGAGCCAUCAAUAUGUUCGGUUUGGCAGGAUUUAUUUAUCUUGGCAUGAUUGCUUUUUACCAUUUUAAGAGACAAGAGGUAAAAAAUCAUGAAAUGAUGAAAGUAUUACUUGCUGAAGAAACUACCAUCAAUCUUGCCGAUGAAACGAAUGUCGUCAUGGAUCCAGUGACUACAGAUUAUGAAGAAAAAUUAUUGAACUUUUACAAACAAGUCUUGUUCUUGAUCAAAUCGUUUCAGUAUAUUGAGGAAUUUUUUCAUCCAACUCUCAUUCGACAUGUUUUUGAAAUUACAAAAUCCAAGAAUGAACUCUUGAGUCAAGUGGCAUUGGAAAUUUUGUCGAAUGUGUUUCGAGAGAGAACUUGUCCUCAUUUGACACUGGAAUAUUUCAACAUGUCACAAACAAAUCCACGCUAUGACAUCUUUCAAUUAGUGUUUGAUAUUGUUUUGAGAGAGAAUGAAGCAACCUCAAGUGAAUCAAUUCAUGAAUAUUUUAACAAAUUCAAAUCGAGUGAAAAAAAUCUCUCAGAAAAGCAAAAGAAGUCAUUGGAUCUACUCAUGAAUCUAUUCUCUAACAAGCAUUUACUAAAGAAAAUGUAUUUUUCUGAUUCAAAGGAAGAAAAUAAUGGUGUCUGUAAUGAAAAAUUGUUGGAUAUGGUGAAGAAUGAUCAUGCGGUACAACAAGCACUUGCUGUGGAAUGCAUUCUUCAAUUGUUGCGAAGAUCCAAUAGAGAGGACUUUUCACGAAAUAUGGAAUUGGAAAAACGAGUAGCAAUGUAUAAAUUCUUUUCACAAUUUAUGGAGACACCUCUAGUGGAAAAGGAGAGAGAAUUUUGGGUUCAAAUCAAGAUCUUUGACAGUGCAUGCAAGAAAAAAGAUGAAAAUCAGAAAUUACUGGAAAAGCUUGAAGAUUCUCAUUCCAUCAUGACUUCUCUCUUACUGAGCUCGGCCUUUACAUAUGCCAUGCUUGAGAGAAGUCCUCAAGUUGUACUUCAGCGACUCAUGCUUGCCAAAACAGUAUUCAGAAGUGGUGUCCUUUUUGGAUUUACCAUGUAUCUUGAAAGAUAUAGAGCGACUUACCAGGAGCAAUUGGAAGAGGCUCAUGAAGGAAUUCAAAGGUCAGAUUUGUCUGUAUAUGUUCAAUUAUGGAACAAUGCUCAAUUACGAUUCAUUUACAAAGAUAUGCUUGUUUUCAGCUUUGCGUAUGGUUUUUUAGGAUUCUGGGCUCUUUUGCCCUUGUUGACAUCCUUUUAUUUCUAA